AUGCCAAGUAGCAGGUUCGCGGGUUCUUUAACAACCCCAAAACUUGUUGUGGCAAUCGACAUGGGCAAUCCCUUUCUCAAUGUCACUGUUGAUGGUUUCUUGAAGGUUGGCGCCGUUGCAGCAACCAGAUCACUUGCUGAGGAUGCAUAUUAUGCUGUCAAACGAGGGAGUGUUUCAACCCGCAAUAUGGAGCAUACGUUAAAGAAGAUGUGCAAAGAAGGUGCUUAUUGGGGAACUGUUGCUGGCAUGUAUGUCGGAAUGGAAUAUGGAAUGGAGAGAAUUCGUGGCACUCGAGACUGGAAGAAUGCCAUGCUUGGAGGGGCGUUGACAGGAGCUCUGAUAUCUGCUGCCAGUAACAAGCAUAAAGACACGGUUGUGAUGGAUGCCAUUGCUGGGGGUGCUAUUGCAACUGCUGCAACAUUCAUCAACUAUCUAACAUGA